ACUGGUGCUUGUGCUCCCACCGAGUGAAUGAGACUGGUUUACAUGGGUGUGACCUCAAUGUGACAACGCAGGACUUUACGGUGACAGACGGCAUUGGACAGGUAGUGGACAUGUUAUUUUGAGGAAAACAGAGUAUCCACAUUGUCCACACAGACUGUGCAACUUGAUGAGGUAACUUGACAUAGGCAGGACAGUGGUGCGACCAUGGUGAUCUUAGGAAAGGGUGAUCAUGUUUGGCUGGAGCCAGAGACUCGUGGGGAGUUCACUGUGGCCAUCGGGGCAAAGGUGCAGUUCUCUGAGUCUGGCAAGAUCAAAGUCAUCGAUGAUGAUGGCCGGGAACACUGGAUUGAUGGCAAGAGAAAUAUACGUCACAUGCAUGCAACCUCCAUAGAGGGCAUAGAAGACAUGAUAGGCCUGGGGGAUCUCAAUGAGGCCGGCAUACUCAGGAACUUGUUUAUUCGGUAUAUGGACAACUGCAUAUAUACAUACACAGGGUCAAUCCUUGUGGCGGUGAAUCCAUACCAGAUCCUACCUAUCUACACCAGUGAACAGAUUCAGCUGUACCGAGACCGGAAGAUUGGGGAGCUGUCACCUCACAUCUUUGCCAUUGCUGACAACUCGUACCACAGCAUGAGACGCUAUCAACAUGACCAGUGUGUCAUCAUCAGUGGAGAGUCUGGUGCUGGGAAGACAGAGAGUACCAAGCUUAUCCUACAGUUCCUGGCAGCUGUCAGUGGACAACACUCCUGGAUAGAACAACAGAUUCUAGAGGCCAACCCCAUUAUGGAGGCAUUUGGUAAUGCCAAAACCAUACGAAAUGACAAUUCCAGUAGAUUUGGAAAAUAUAUAGACAUUCACUUCAAUGAGAAAGGCGUGAUUGAGGGAGCUCGGAUAGAGCAGUACUUGCUUGAAAAGUCUCGCAUUGUCAACCAAGCUCAUGAUGAGCGCAACUAUCACAUCUUCUACUGCAUGCUGGCCGGCAUGAGCAACGAGGACAAGGCCAAGCUGGAGCUUGGUGAUGCGACCAGCUACUACUACCUUGUACAGAGGGAUGACCAAGGUCGUGUAAAGGGCGGAUCCAUCUUCUGUGAGGGUCGAGAUGAUGUGAAGGAGUUUGCAUCCAUCCGUUCCGCCAUGAAGGUCCUGAUGUUCACAGAGCCUGAGAUGUGGUCCAUUCUAAAGAUUCUGGCGUCCCUACUUCAUGUAGGCAAUGUCCGCUAUAACGCUAUUGAGCUAGACAACAUUGAUGCCACAGAAAUCCAAGACAUUUCCUUCAUCAACAAAGCUGCUAGACUGUUGGAGGUGAGUGCCCAGGACUUGGUAGAUGCUCUCACCACCAAGACUAUCUUCACACAAGGAGAGUCUGUCACUUCCACAAUGAGCAUCCAGUCUUCACUCGAUGUCCGGGAUGCCUUUGUCAAGGGUGUAUAUGGACGUAUGUUUGUGUGGAUAGUGGACAAGAUUAAUGCUGCCAUUUUUAAGCCUAUGGAAAAGAAUUCCCAUUAUCGAAAGUCCAUCGGUGUUUUGGAUAUAUUUGGCUUUGAGAAUUUUGACACAAACAGCUUUGAACAACUGUGCAUCAACUUUGCCAAUGAGAACCUCCAACAGUUCUUUGUGCGACACAUCUUUAAACUGGAGCAGCAAGAAUACAACCUGGAAGGCAUCAACUGGCAACAUAUAGAGUUUGUGGACAACCAGGACGCACUGGACCUCAUCGCUAUCAAGCCCCUGAACAUCAUGGCCCUCGUUGACGAGGAAAGCAAGUUCCCCAGGGGGACUGACCAGACCUUGUUGGCCAAGCUUCACCAGAACCAUGCCACCAACAAGAACUACCUCAAACCCAAGGCUCAGAUCAACACAACCUUUGGUCUCAACCACUUUGCUGGCGUUGUCUUCUAUACAUCCACAGGGUUCCUAGAGAAGAACCGAGACACGUUCAGUGCCGACCUGAUGCAGCUGAUCCAGACAUCACGCAACAAGUACCUGUCCAUGCUGUUCUCCACUGAUACGUCUAUGGGAACAGACACACGCAAGCGAGCCCCGACACUGGCUGCCCAGUUCAAGAAGUCUCUUGAUGCCCUCAUGAAGACACUGAGCCACUGUCAACCAUUCUUUGUCAGAUGCAUCAAACCUAAUGAGUUUAAGAAGCCCAGCAUGUUUGACCGAGAGUUGUGCUGCAAGCAGCUGCGAUACUCUGGCAUGAUGGAGACAAUCAGAAUUCGGCGAGCUGGCUACCCCAUCCGGCACGUGUUCAGUGAGUUUGUGGAUCGUUACCGCCUGUUGGUGUCAGGUGUGGGACCGUCCCACAAGGAAGAGUGCAUGACAGCAUCCCAGAAGAUCUGCAAGCAGGUGUUGCAGGACAAGGACUACCAGCUGGGCAAGACUAAAGUUUUCCUCAAGGAUGCAGAAGAUGUGUUCCUGGAACAGCAAAGAGAGCUGACCCUCACAAAGAAGAUCCUCGUCCUGCAGAAGACGGUCAGGACCUGGCACUGUCGACGCCGCUUCUUGAGGAUGCGCAAGAAUGUAGUGACCAUCCAGUCGGCCUGGAGGACACACUAUCAGCGCAAAAGAUUCUUGCUGAUGAGACAAGGCUAUAUGCGACUACAAGCCAUGUGUCGAUCUCGGAUCCUCACAGCCAGAUACAAUGUUCUGAGAGGAAUCAUUGUCAACCUACAGCGGUUCUGUCGGGGCCACCUGGUGCGGCAGUGGUUGCAGCGGCGCAUGGUGGCAGUGGUGAGGAUACAGGCCGCACUCCGCACUCUCAUCGCCAGAAAGAGGUUCAGACGCAUGCAGAUCGAGUACCAGAAACGGAUGGAGGCUGAGCGGAUUCGACAGGAGGAGGAGGCCAAGUUGAGGAAGAAGAUGAACACAAAGAAGGCCAAGGAGGAGGCAGAGCGACAUCACAUGGAACGGCUGGCCCAGAUUGACCGUGAGGUGGUUGAGGAGGAAGCCAGGCAGAAGGAGGAGGCCCUGUACAAGAAACAACAGAUCAAGCAGGCCGAGCAGGCCAAGGACAUGCCAGUCAACGAAUCACAGCUGGUGGAAGAGUUGUUUGGCUUCAUGAACAGCAAGCCUGGAGAUGGCAUGGGAGAUGCACCUUCAGCCUUUGGGGACCUGCCGUACAGGAGGGACAACGACAACCUGGAGAUGGAAGUCGUCAAGAACUUCAGCCCAAUUGACUCGGAUGAUGAGGAUGUCUCUGCCUACAAGUUCCCCAAGUUUGCCACAAUGUACUUCCAGUCCAAUGCUAAUGGCAACUAUAUCCGUCGGCCACUCAGACAGCCUCUGCUGCCACUUCGCAAUGAUGGUGACCAGUUGGCUGCCCUGGCAGUAUGGAUUGUCAUCCUGCGCUUCAUGGGGGACCUGCCAGAACCCAAGUACCACACAGCCAUGGCCGAGUCAAGGGAUACGACCCCAGUGAUGUCAAAGAUCUACUCUACAUUAGGUCGUAAGUUCAAUAAGAAAGACCUUGAGGAGGCAAUGAAAAUGGGAGAAGAGUUGGUGAGUAUGGAGAAGGAGGCUCCAGGCUACCAGCGCCACACCAUCAAGAAGUCCACUCGGAAGAAGAUAGUGUCUCUGACACUAAAGAAGAAGUCCAAGAUCACAGAGGAGGUGACCCGGAAGCUGCAGGACUAUGACAGCACCGGAGGCGGCAACGCCUUGCUGGAGGACCGACCCAUGUCCAACCUGGAGAAGUUGCACUUCAUCAUCGGGCAUGGCAUCCUCAGACCAGAACUCAGAGAUGAGAUCUACAGUCAGAUCUGCAAGCAGCUGAAUCAGAACCCCUCCAAGGCCAGCCAUGCCCGUGGCUGGAUCCUGCUGUGUCUGUGUGUAGGCUGCUUCCCCCCUUCAGAAAAUAUGGUGAAGUAUCUGCGCAACUUCAUCCAAGAUGGCCCACCUGGCUAUGCACCCUACUGUGAAGAGCGCCUCCGUCGUACCUUCUCCAAUGGCCCCAGGAACCAGCCCCCCAGCUGGCUAGAGCUGCAGGCCACUAAAUCAAAGAAGCCGCUGAUGCUGCCCAUCACAUUCAUGGAUGGCAACACGAAGACUCUCCUCGCCGACUCCGCAACCACCGCCCGUGAGCUGUGCCAGCAGCUCUCCGAGAAGAUCGAGCUGCGGGAUCAGUUUGGCUUCUCUCUCUACAUUGCAUUGUUUGACAAGGUGUCUUCCCUGGGCAGUGGUGGUGACCAUGUGAUGGACGCCAUCUCCCAGUGUGAGCAGUAUGCCAAGGAGCAGGGGGCGCAGGAGCGGAAUGCGCCAUGGAGAUUGUUCUUCCGGAAAGAGAUUUUUGCCCCAUGGCAUGAUCCCAGUGAGGACCUUGUGGCUACCAACCUCAUCUACCAGCAGGUUGUCCGGGGCAUCAAGUUUGGAGAGUACCGAUGUGACAAGGAUGAGGACCUGGCAAUGAUUGCUGCUCAGCAGUACUUCGUGGAGCAUGGCACCAACCUGAUCCAGGAGCGCCUCCAGGCCCUGCUGCCAUCCUUCGUCCCGGACUCCUACCUACAGAAGCCCAAUGCCAUGCAGGGAUGGAUGGCAUCUGUUGUCAGUAAACUCCGAAGUCCGUACUUCACAAACGAAAGGAUUAGAGCACCAAAAGUCAAAGAGGACAUUGUCAGCUAUGCAAAAUAUAAAUGGCCAUUACUUUUCUCUAGAUUCUAUGAGGCAUAUAAGUUUGCUGGCCCGAGUUUACCUAAGAAUGAUGUGAUAAUCGCUGUCAACUGGACAGGAGUGUACGUAGUGGAUGACCAGGAACAAGUCCUGCUGGAGUUGUCUUUCCCUGAAAUUACUGCAGUCUCUAGUAGCCGAACGGGCAAGAUGCAUGGUCAGAGCUUCACGCUGGCAACAGUGAAGGGUGACGAGUACACCUUCACCUCCCCCAAUGCCGAGGACAUCAAGGACCUGGUGGUCACCUUCCUGGAGGGACUGAAGAAGAGGUCCAAAUAUGUCAUCGCCAUCCAGGACUACACCUCACCAGGUGAGGGUUCCACCUUCCUGACAUUCAGCAAGGGAGACCUGAUAGUGCUGGACCAGCAGAGUGGGGAGACGGUGAUGAACUCCGGCUGGUGCUACGGGGAGAACGUCAAGACCAACAAGAAGGGAGACUUCCCAGCCGAGUGCGUGUAUGUCCUGCCUACCAUCACCCGGCCACCGACAGAAAUACUGAACUUGUUUGUUCAGUCUGGGGAGCAGACUGAGAAGCUGUUGGCCCCUAUGCAAGAUGAAACUGAGAUAAUCGAGCCAGGAGAAAAGCCCCACACACUGGAGCAGUACUCCCUGGACCAUUUCAGAAUGCCCCCCAAGCGCACCCUGAGCAAGUCCAUCAAGUCUGCGGGUCGUAAGCGCAUGGAUGACCUGUGGCGGUACUCCAAGGACCCCAUCAAGCAGCCACUGCUGAAGAAGCUGCAGGGCAAGGAGGAUCAGAGUGCAGAGGCCUGCAUGAGCUUCCUUGCUAUACUGAAGUACAUGGGUGACCAUCCAUCCAAGAGAAGUAGGAACUCCAAUGAAAUCACUGAUGCCAUAUUCGAACCUCCACUCAGAAAUGAAAUCCUGCGAGACGAGGUGUACUGCCAGAUCAUGAAGCAGCUGACGGACAACCGAGUCAGAGCCAGUGAGGAGCGUGGUUAUGAGCUGAUGUGGCUUGCUACAGGCUGCUUUGCCCCAAGCACCAACCUCCUGAAGGAGCUGAUGCAGUUUCUCAGGACACGGAAGAAUGCUAUUGCCCCAGACUGCAUGAACAGACUCAAGAAGACACUAAGGAAUGGUACGAGGAAAUACCCUCCCCAUCAAGUUGAGGUGGAGGCCAUCCAGCACAAGACAACACAGAUCCUGCACAAAGUCUACUUCCCAGAUGACACAGACGAGGCAUUUGAGGUUGAGUCGAGUACUAGAGCAAAGGAUUUCUGUCAGAACAUUGCCAACAAGCUGGCACUGCGGUCUGCAGAAGGCUUCAGCUUGUUUGUCAAGAUAGCUGACAAAGUUAUUAGUGUCCCAGAGGGAGAUUUCUUCUUCGACUUUGUGCGGCACCUGACUGACUGGAUCAGGAAAGCCCGGCCGUCCAGAGAUGGUGCUGUCCCACAGUUCACGUACCAGGUGUUCUUCAUGAAGAAGCUGUGGACCAACACUGUGCCCGGCAAAGACAUCAACGCUGACUUGAUCUUCCACUAUCACCAGGAGUUGCCGAAGCUCCUGCGAGGCUAUCACCGGUGCAGCAAGGAGGAGGCAGCAAUCCUGGGUGCCCUCAUAUACAGGGUCAAGUACGGGGAGAGCAAGAAGGAACUACAGUCUUUGGUGAGAACAUUGCGUGAAUUCCUGCCACAAGAUAUGGUUAAAGCUCAGUCACCUGAAGACUGGAAGAGGGCGAUGGUGGCGGCAUACAACCGAGAUGCUGGCAAAAGCCAGGAAGAUGCCAAGGUGGAGUUCCUCAAGAUCAUCUUCAAGUGGCCAACAUUUGGAUCAGCAUUCUUUGAAGUCAAGCAAACAACAGAGCCUAACUACCCUGAGAUCCUCCUCAUCGCCAUCAACAAGAGCGGUGUGAACCUCAUCCAUCCCCAGAACAAGGAGAUCCUUGCCACACAUCCUUUCACCAAGAUCUCCAACUGGAGCAGUGGCAACACCUACUUCCACAUGACAAUCGGCAACCUAGUGCGGGGCAGCAAGCUGUUGUGCGAGACAUCGCUGGGGUACAAGAUGGAUGACCUGCUCACCUCCUACAUCAGUUUGAUGCUGACCACCAUGAACAGACCCAAGCGGCAGUAGUGACCACAUCACACCGACAGCCACCACCACCCCAACACACCACCACAUGACAUGAGCCAGUCAGCACACCCACUACCGUCUGGAUACAGGGACGCGGUAGCUGCACUUGCAGCCUCCGCAGUCCCGAGGAUGUGCUGGGCUGGAGAGUCAAUCAUUCCGAUGUAUAUGAGCACAUUGUGAUGAGAACUUUGCUCACAGAUCAUGCUCCAUAUGUGUUUACAUGCAGGGUCCAGAGACUCCUUUGUGUAUGCAGUCCUACAUGUGUUCUACUCCAGAGAGUGCAGUUGUUCCCACCCCGCUCUGCCUGCCUGCACUUAUGCAGACUUUGGCAGGGGAGAGAGAGAAGUGUUAAGGACAAAUGUCUACCAUUCCUGUUGUAUUUUUAUUGUUAUAUUUUUGAUUUACACUAUUUAUGUAUACAAUUAUUAUUAAACACCAUUUAUGUUUAUAUACAUAUAUAUAUGUGACAUUCCGAAUUUGUUCAAUUAUUUGCUUUUACCUUUCGGUAUAAGUGAAUGAUAAGCUCAGCCCGUACCGCCCUGUAUGUUGCUGCUGGCCGUCUUUGUGGAUCCUGUCAAAGACUCAGUGUCUGUCAGCUUGCAGACUGCUGGACCAGGCCUGUGGACCAGCUGUGUCUUGUUCCUCUUGUACACAAAACAGUGUGUGGGACCCUGUAUCAUCCUAUUGACACUUGUGGGGAGAAAGUCAGCACACAGUAGUUACAAACAGGAUACCAUGGUCACAAUAUUCACUAUGAUGAACAUUGUUGUCAGAUGUGUUGGACAUAGUCUGUAUGAUUUGCUUCAAAAGCAUAUGAAAAUUGCCAACUGUAACGGGACGAUGCUGUUGAGACAAAUAGGAUGGAUUAGCUUAGGGGCUACCUUUGCUGAAAGUAGGUACUAGCUAUAUAGGGCAUGAUGAGUUGAGCGGGUGAUGGUAGAGGGGACACACCUUGUGUAGAAGCAGCAGCUUAUAGCAUUCCGUCUCACUGGCACAUAAUACACACUGUAUUUACUCCGCAACAGUACUGGUCUCAUAAGUAGUGGUCCCGAAAUGAACCUCCGGGUUGUGUAUAAAGUAUAGACUGUAUUGCACAAGGUAGUGGCAGAUAGAUUUAGAUAAGGUACUUGACUGUGGAUACUUGGCCUGUUCCCAAUCUAGCGUAUAGUCCUUCAUUGUAUUAUCCCUGGCAGGGACACCCACCCAACUUUGACAACCAAUACUUGGGUCUCCCUGACAGGUCACCUUGACAUUACACCACCUUCCUCUGUCAAGUGCCCUGACAGACUGUAUGUCAUGGCAUAGCUAGUGCUGGAUCAUCGUACCUUCAGUAGAUAUACAGUAUACAGAUGAUUUAAUAUAUCUAUAUAAGUAUGUAUGCAGUAGAUCUUAGUUUUCAAAUUUGAAAAAUGAACUAACACCAAUGUAAUAACAUAUACAUUCAAAAUGUAUUUUUGUAUAAUUCAAUAUUGACCAUAUGAGUGACUCUUAUCCCCUUGUAACUUAUAAACAUGUUUGUGUAUAUUAUGGUACUGUCAUGUGCACUAUAUCAUGCAGAUUCGUUUUUACUCAUAUUCACAUGUUUACUUUUGUAAUAUUAAUUUUUCACAUGGCUGUCCUUUUUGCAGUACAAUUUUUGCAAUAUGCCUAAAAUAUAUUUUCGUAUGCAUAUGACAAUAAAGUAUUCAGAUGACA